AUGGCUUCGGUUUCCGCUUUAUGCUCACCAAAUAUCCCUUCAUUCUGCUGGAAACCUAUAUCAAAAAACCUAGUUUUACGCCCAUUUGAAGUGGAUUUCCCUUGGUGCCCAGCCCGAACGAGUGCGAUAAAGACACAUUCAGACGGCACUGGCCCGACCUCGAAUGGGAGAGCGGAUUUGUUGAGAUGGCCAACGUCCUCGGACCUCGAUGACGAUGAUGAUCCAACUAAUGAGGCUGGGGAGAAGAAGGGAGAUGGUGACAUGUGGGUGGACUGGGACGACCAGAUUUUGCAGGACACUGUGCCCCUUGUUGCCUUUGUUAGGACAGUUCUUCACUCUGGGAAAUACGAAAGUGGUGAUAGAUUGAGUCCUCAGGAUGAGAAGACCAUUCUGGAGAAGCUACUUGCAUAUCAUCCAUCUUGUGAAAAGAAGAUUGGAUGUGGAGUUGAUUAUAUUACGGAUAAUAGACAUACUACAUCCACAUUUACACGAACAGAUAGCAUAAUCUAG